GAAAGAGCAACACACUAGCCAGCUAGCAGCAACAAAAAACACAAACCUAUCCACACAAAAAUCAUGGACAGCGCCGGUAAAAAUCGUUAUGCUCUGUUCAUGGACGACGAUGUCAGCGAUCCAUUAGAUAAUCUUGGGGCGCCGACAUCCGCAGCAGCAGCAGUAGCAGCAGCCGCAGCAGCUGGCAAGAAGAAGCAGCCAUCAGCUGGGGCUACAGCGGCCACCAAAACGACCGCCAAGGUGAGCAACAACAAUAAGGCGACCGCAGGAUCGAACGGAGGACCCAAUGCCAAGAAACCAAAUCAGGCCGAAAAGGAGAACAAACCGAACAAUGCUUUAAACAAAACCGAUGGCAAAAAGUUUACACCAUCUGGCGACACACAGUUCAAUAAUAGCAAUAACAAACAGGGCGGUGGCGGUGCUCCACGGACAGGAGGUGGCCCCAAUCGAAGUCAAGGACAGGGUGGUGGUCAGGGUCAAGGACAAGGACAGGGACAGGGACAGCAACGCAGCGUCAACUUCCGUCAACAGAAUGGCAAUGCCGAGACCCGUGAGCAGCGCAACAAUCGCCGUAAUGUUCGCGAAAAUGGUGGAGCACCCGAUGGCCAGCAGUCGCGUCCCUAUCGCGGACCAGGAGGUGGUGGCCAAGGAGCCGGAGGAGAUCGGCCGCAGCGCCAGAAUCGCAACUACGAUGGCCAGAACAGGAAGCGAGAAUUCGAUCGCCAGUCUGGAUCCGAUAGAACCGGUGUGAAAUCAGUUGACAAGCGCGAUGGAGCUGGAUCGCACAACUGGGGAUCGGUCAAGGAAACCAUCGACGAUGUGAACAAGAACGAAAGCGAGACCAAUGUGGCCAAUGCAGAAGGUGGAGCCAAGGCUGACGAAUCGGGCACCGAACCACAGAGCGAACAGCAGGCGGCCGCCGAGGAGGAGGCCAAAGAACUGACCUUGGACGAAUGGAAGGCACAGCAGGGACAACGCAUCAAGCCAACCUUCAACAUCCGCAAGGCUGGAGAAGGCGAGGACACCACACAAUGGAAGAAAAUGGUCGUCUUAACCAGCAACAAAAAGAAGGAGAACGACAGCGAAGAGGAGCUUGAGUACGAUCCCGCCUUGUAUCCACAGCGCGUGGGCAGGCAGCAACGCGUCCUGGAUAUUCAGUUCAACUUUAACGACGGUCGUCGUGGCGGACCAGGUGGAUUUGGAGGACGCGGUGGCCGUGGAGGUCCACGACCCGGCGGAUUCGGCGGCGGACCACGCAGCGAGGGUGGCAAUCGUGAGGGCGGCAACCGUGAGGGUGGCGGUAACAACCGUGACCGUGAGGGUGGCAACCGUGGACCUCGGGAUGGCCAAUCUGGGCAGCAGCAGCACCCCAACAACGAGGGUGGUGCUCCGUCCACUCAAAACCAGAGGCCGCCCAUCGAGCGUCGUGGUGGUCCGGGCAACAACCAGAACAACAACAACAACAAUCAGAAUAACAGCGGUCCAGGUCAAAACAAGCGUUUCGAGCGACAACAGAACACUGCUCCCAAGGUCAACGACGAGCGUCAGUUCCCUACACUGGCUUAAAUCGAGAGUUUGGGCAGGAGCAGAUUGUUCCUCAAAUUGCAGUUUUGGUGACUACUGAAGAGGAUGGAAAGCAAGUGACCAAAAUUAAAUAUUAUAAAUUACUUAUAUCACAGACAAAAACUUUUCAAAAAAAACAAACAAAAAAGGGGGAAAAAAGAAACAAUUGUAGCCGCCAUAUAAGCCAAAAGCAACAAAAAAUACCAACCAACAAGCUAAGCUAAAAAUGGAUAAUAAAUUAUACACAUAUAUAUUUAAAUAUAUGAAGAGAACACACGAGAAAAGCAAUUUUAGUUUACGCGUGGCCAACUAAUCAGAUUUUACCCGGAUAAAAUCGCGAUCAAGCAAGUGACCUCGUGUAAACUAGUCAGAGUCAGGCUAAGUCAGUCAGUCAGUCAGUCAUCCUCAUUAUGGAUUUAAAUUCUAAUGUCUGUUCACUAUCGACGAUAAGAGAUUUGUUUCGAGAUUUUUCUAUAGAACGGCAUGGGCGGACAUAGAAAUUGUUUUAUUACAUCAACAAAAAUCAGAUGUAAAGUUGUUUUUUUUUCUGUUAUUACCACUCACUUAAUCAACAAUCAUCCUACCUACUAAAAACAAAUCAAAUUCGCUUACCAGUGAACAAGGCGAAAAAAAGAAAAUACAAAUUAAAAAUUAAUAAACAACAUCACGGCCUGACAAAUUCUUCGAUAAAAAGAAGCAAAACACACUAAAUACAUUACAAUAGUUUGUUUUCAUCGAGAAAACAGUAAAAGCAUUUUCAUUAUUCAUAUAUUUUUUUGUUCUAUUACGAAUCAAUUUUUCGUAGCGAAAUGUACGUUUUAUUAUUUUUACUAUGUUAACUUUUAUUUAAAAUAAAGAAAAACAAAAUGAAAAAAAUAUUAAAAUCAGUAGUUGGAAAAAGAAACCCAAAACCGAAUGAAUAGUAAGUGUUAAAACCUUUGUAUUUGUGUUUCUUGGAUGCAAACUCUAUAAUUAAACAUUUAAAUUUAAUAAUUAUAAAGCAAACUAUGCAUCAUAUAUACUACUUUUAAUUAUAAAAACCUAACUGAACACACACACAGAAAUACAAAAACAAAACAAUAUUAAUUUAAGCAUUAUUAAAGAAAUAAAAACAAAAUAUAUUGAUUAA